UUCUCCAACCAAACUGCAAUAGUCAAUGAAGCCCCGCCUCCUGUAAUUCACAGUCAGUGAAGCUCCGCCCACAGCUACUCCCUAAUAAAUGCUGGACUUUCCCCAUCAGCUUACUAGUGCAGAUGAGCAUCAAAUCAUCAGGAAGAAGUGAAAUCUGCAAAGAGUUUAGGAGGACCGAGAGAACGUGUGAUCCAGAACCCUGCAGAAUGAAACGCACUGAAGAACAGAGAGAAAAUGAAAAGCCUCUGAGUCGCUCGGAAACUAAAAAUAUUUUUUUAAAUAAAAGAAGAGCUGAGAAAUCAUGCACCUGCACUCAGUGUGGGAAGAGUUUCUCAUGCAAAAGCCAUCUUAAUGUUCACAUGAGAGUUCACACAGGAGAAAAACCAUUCAAGUGUGAUCACUGUGGGAAUCGAUUCACACAAAAAGAAAGCCUUAACUUACACACGAGGAUCCACAUGGGAGAAAAGCCGUUCAAAUGUGACCAUUGUGAAAAAAGAUUCUUAAACAAGCAAUAUCUUAAGUAUCACAAAAGAGUUCACACUGGAGAGAGGCCAUUCAUUUGUGAUCAGUGUGGGAAGGGCUUCAUGCAAUCAUCACACCUUAAAGGACACAUGAAGAUCCACACUGGACAGAAACCGUAUGUGUGUGAUCACUGUGAAAAAACAUUCUCUGGGAAACCAAAUCUUGAUGCUCACAUGAGAAUCCACACUGGAAAGAGGCCGUUCGCAUGUGAUCAAUGCUUUAAAACAUUUAUUGAUUCAUCAGCCCUGAAGAAACACCUGACAGUUCAUAUGAAGGAGAAGCCACAUCCAUGUUCUUUAUGUGAAAAGAGUUUUUCACGGCUGGAUAGUUUAAAAUUACAUCAGAAAACACAUACUGGUGUAGGAGCUCAUAUAUACUGUGACUGUGGAAAGACUUUUAAUUCAGAAUCCCAUUUAAAACGGCACCAGAUCAUUCACACUGGAGAAAAACCACACAAGUGUUCACACUGCGACAAGAGAUUCAGUCUGUCAGAAAAACUGAAAAGACAUGAGAGGAUUCACACUGGAGAGAAACCACACGCGUGUGUUCAGUGUGGGAAGAGUUUCACAUACAAAGAAAGUCUUAAAUCCCACAUGAGUGUCCACACGGGAGAGAAGCCACACAAAUGUGAUCUAUGUGGAAAGAGUUUCACUCACUCAUCGACCCUUAAAGUACACAUGAGGAUCCACAACGGAGAAAAGCCGUACGCAUGUGAUCAAUGCGGCAAAACAUUUCCUGAGACAUCAUCCCUGAAGAGACACCUGACAGUUCAUAUGAAGGAGAAGCCUCAUUCAUGUUCUUCAUGUGGAAAGAGCUUUUCCCUGCUGCAAAAUUUAAAAUCACAUCAGAAAUUACAUAACGCUGUGAAGGAUUAUAUGUGCUUUGAGUGUGGGAAGACUUUUAUUAUGGAAAACCGUUUAAAACGGCACCAGAGGAUUCACACUGGAGAGAAACCUUACAAGUGUUCACACUGUGACAAGAGAUUCAGUUUGUCAGCACAUCUGAAAUCACACGAGCAGAUCCACAAUAGAGAGAAGCCACACACAUGUGAUUAGUGUGGAAGGGGUUUCGCUAUGAAAAAUCACCUGAAGCUGCACAUGAAGACCCAUGCAGUAAAGAAACCAGACCACCGUGAUCCAUGCAGGAAGAGUUGAUGUGUUUGUUUUAAGUGCUGGAAGUCAUAUACUACAAAUGCUCAACUGAAAGCACCAAAACAUCACUGUUCAAAAAAACAUUUUAAGUGUUCUUACUGCAACAAGAAAUUAAAUGUGGCAGAAACCCUGAAAGCACAUGAAAGGAUUCACACUGAAGAGAAACCACAUCAGAGACUCGUCAGUGAAAACACAGAUCUGCCCAAUUCAUUUUGUCUUUUGCUUGACUUUUCUAUAUGCUUUAAGUAAAGUUUGAUGAAACAAAUUUUAAACAAUACUCUCACAGUUGCAGCAUGAGGAAUCAAAUCUUAUCAAGCAUGUAACCUUUUAGAUUUUAGUGAUCGAAUAAAGAGUAUAAUAGUUUGUAAUUAGACUUUCAUGUGUGUUCUGUCAAUGGAAUAUUGUCUUUGUGCAGAAGAUUCUCUCCAGCUGUGUGCAACAUCUUUUUUACAAUCUCUGAAUUAUAAAACACUGCAUUCUGUCAGCAAUGUAACAUGUCAGAACCGUAUAGAGACCUCAGCUUAUAACUAUACUCUAAUUAUUAUUUUGACUAUUAUAAUGCAUUAAAUUACUCUGUUACUAAAAAGUAAUCAAAUUACAGUAACGUGUUACGAAGUAAUGCGUUACUGCCCAACACUGUGCAUCUCUUCACUCAUCAUAUCUGGUCUUUGGGUCAACAACUGGACUUUGUAUGCUUUCAUUUUCUCAGAGCUUUUAAAUGCAUAAUUAAUUAUUUUUGCCCCCAAAUGAGACUGAUCUUGUCUAGGACAGACUUUGUAUGAAAUGUCUGUGCACUCAUUCAGCCCAUAAUGCUCCACAAUAACCAGAAUACAGCUGAUGUGUUCUAAAGGGCUAGAAAAAAAGCACACCAAGCAACUGCACACCAUUACUCACACAUGUCCAGUGCUUGAACUAUCACUUCAUUUUAAACAAGCUGCUGGUGUGCAAUAAUCUGUGAUACUGUGGAAUUCAAGAACUUAACACAACAAGCAUUGAAUCACCCAUAGACUUACAUUAAAUAGAGAAGUUUUAUUAUAAUGAGAGGCUCUAAAAAGUGGCAGAACCUCCAUUGGCCUGUCUAGCAUAGCCACCCAUUAAACAAAUAAAAGUCCUGAAAAUUGAAAAAUUAACACUGUAUUAUACAGACACUUAAUAUUUAAUUAAAUGGAUAGUUAAUUCCAUUCGAAAGAUUAUACAUUCAAUAAAUCAUUUGCACUGGGUUUGUAAAAUCUUUACCUCUGUUUAUUAGAUAUGCUGCAUCGACUGUUUUAAAAAAAACUUCUGAAGACAUUGUUAAUGGAGAUGAUGAUUUUGCAAUUGUACUGUAUUGAUUAAUGCUUAAUUAGCUAUAAACAGAUAUACUGUAACCUAAGUAGUAAUAAUGCUUUUGCUUAAGUACAAAGAUGUAACCCUGUGAUGAAUGCUAUAUGGAAAAUGUAUUGUGUAACUUCACUAACAUUAAGAAAACUGCUUACUUGCAUGAAAUGUAUGUAGUGACUGAUUUAGAGUAGAAACAUUUAUGUAUUAGAAAUAGUUUUCAUGAUAAAUGGACAAUAUAGUAGUUAAGGUGUAUUUCACAGACGGUUAAGAAGAAAAAGAAGAGGAAAAGGGCUAAAGCAAUGCGAAGUAAACAACUGAAAGCCUCGGCAGAGGAGUUGAUGACAUCAGAAGAGCCAGCGUUCGACGUCCGUGUAUAAAAGACUGAGAGAGAGACUCGACGGAUGGAUACUGAACAAACACAGUAUCCCUCGAUGCCUGAUACCAGCUGAUUAUACCUUGAUUUUGUAACUUUACUAUUGUACGUUGAUAUAACUUUUGUUAAAUUUAAUAAAACUUGUAUUUUUUUUAUUGACAAGUUAUGGUCUGCAAGAGUAGUAAUUUAAGAGCCGUAAGCAAGAACUGACCACAGGGAAGUCUACUGAGCAAGUUGUAAGUAUUUUGAAAUGCUUAUAGUUUUGUCCAGGGUCGGCUUUCCUUACCUACCUGAGAAUAAUAAAGAAACAGGUUAAAGAUGUAUAGAUAAAGGAGACACCAUAAAACAUGGUGCCCAACGUGCUUUAAUUGUCUAAUUACUGGCCAGAAUAGAGUAAGCAUAGUUAGGCUUACGGUUAAAUAGCUGAGGUACUAUAUAAAUUACUACAUAAAAGACGACUAAGCAGUGAGAAAGCCCAGAAAGGGCGGAAAUAGACGAAACACUGAAAAGACUGCUUAGACAGUUUAAUCGAAAGAAUUGAAGGAGGCGUUGUAAUACUAAAUGGAAAUAAACUAAUGAUAAGUGGCUCUGGAACAGCUUGGGUAAUUUUCAAUGGCCGUCCACUGUGUAAAUGUGUAGCGCAUACAGUAAUGACUGAUUACAGAGACGAGUUCUGUAGUGCAGAACACUCCUGGUUAGAGGCCAGAACAAUAACAACAGCAGUAAUAAAAGAAACACUAAGCAGACGAGAGAAUCAAAUACAUAUGACUUUAAUGGGUACAGGACAAUUUAAACACCCAGUUAAUUCAAUAUUAGAAGGCAUACUAUCGGGAAUUACAGAUAUGUCAAAUGAAGGUCAAUUGACCAUAAAUUUAUUAAUGACUAACAUAAAUCAGGAUGAACUGGAAAAAAUUCUUGAGAAAAGGGAGGACAACAACCAGCCAGGAUCCCCUCAGAUGUCGGGAAUGGUCCUGCAGGGGACAGAAAAAAAGAACAGCGAAAAGCAGAGUCUGAAGACGAAUCCAAGGUGUUGGAGUUAUAUAUGACUCAGACAGGUAAGAUUCUUCACUAUAUUUUGAAGAUAGUGAAAUUAGCGAAACAGAAAAUAUUAACAAAUAAUCUAGACUGCGGAAUAACAGAGGAGAGCAAAUGGAAUUAAAAAGAGCGACAAACCAAAUAGAGAAUGAUUGGCCAGAAGUUCAGGUAAAAGGGAUUUUAUUCAAAAAUCCUACCAGUGAGAAAUGAGGACAUUGGGACCAGAAGAUUGUUAAUGAUUGAAGUUUGACUUAGGGACAGAUGAAAUCAGCAAGCCAUUCCCCAUCUGUCCAGAGAGUCGCUCGGACAGAAGGAUGGUCUAACGGGAAAACAAACAUUAUUUCAAGAAGGAUACGCAUAUAAUAGAAAAAUAGUUAAAGAACUGGAAAAAGUAGUUCAUUCACUAAAAUCAGAAAUUAAAAAUCUGGAAAAAGAAAAGAAAUACUAAAAUGUACAGAAGUAAUAGGACUGGAAGACAGAAUUAAGUAGGGUUGUGAUGGUCAGGUCACAAAGUAAAGAAAAACAGUCAGGAUUUGGCCAGCAACUCCUGGAUUUACAACUUCUUACAGACAAUUGAAGUUGUAACUUCACAAGAAACAGAAGAAAACUAGAAUAGUGUACAUGCAAAAUUGCUGGAAUUACAAUUAACAGAAGCAGUUAGAAAACAGGUAGGAAAUAAGAAGUCGCACGAAGACCAGAGUGCAUAUGCAGAACACAGAAUGAAAGCGGCUGAGAAUGUGCAGCUGAGCCGAGACGCCGCUACGAGGUUAGUGCAGACCUGUACAGGUCAACCCAU